AUGCAAUUUUCCGAAUCUCAAAGCCGAUUCCUCGGCAGCGUGCAGGAUGCGCUUUGCCGCUAUGACCCGCAAUUGAAAGAUAUCAAUCAUAAAAUUUGGUCGAAUCCUGAGCUUGCAUAUGCAGAGUUCGAUGCUCACAACCACAUUUGCAAGCUUUUUGAAAGUCUCAAAUCUGAAGGAUAUUCAGUCACCCGCAAAGCGUAUGAUCUCGAAACCGCUCUGGAGGUUGAAUAUACCUACGGAACUGGAGGCCGUGUCGUGACUUUCAAUGCUGAAUACGAUGCUCUUCCCGGAAUUGGACAUGCGUGUGGUCACAACCUCAUCGCAACCAGCUCGAUUGCUGCCUUCAUUGCCACAUGUGAGGCCAUGAAAGCUCAAUCACAACAAUUAUCCGGAAAGGGGUUUACCCUCCGUCUUCUGGGCACUCCAGCUGAGGAGUCAGGGGGUGGAAAAGUGCGCCUGCUCAACAAAGGAGCCUACAAGGGCGUAGAUGCCUGCCUUAUGGUGCACCCGGUCCCGAUGAUGCUAGACAACCCGAAGCUGAUGGGAAUGGCAACCGUCCUCGAAGGUGGAUACCUCGCUAAUGACAAAGUCAAAGUCACUUUCACUGGCAAGCCAGCACAUGCCGCUGCUGCCCCUUGGGAGGGUAUCAAUGCGCUGGAUGCUGUAGUUUCAGCAUAUGUCAACAUUUCAAUGCUUCGCCAGCAGAUUCUUCCGACCCAGAAGAUCCAUGGGGUUAUUAUCAAUGGCGGUGACCGUCCCAAUAUUAUUCCGAUGUCUGCGACUGUAGACUACUAUAUUCGCUCGCCGACCGUGAAGACACUCCAGCCUCUGACGGAGAAAGUGGUAAAAUGCUUCGAGGCUGCUGCGACUGCCACUGGCUGCAAGGUUGAGUUUGACUGGGGCAUCUCAUAUGCCGAUUUGAAAACCAACCUGCCGAUCUGUGAAAGCUAUGUCUCUGUAAUGCGCGCCCUGGGGCAUCACACUUUACUUGAUAACUCAACACAAAAGAGCACAUUAGCCGGAGCGUCUACCGAUAUGGGCAAUGUUUCAUAUGCAGUCCCUGGAUUCCACGGCAUCUUCACUAUUCCCACCGAGGGAGUCAACCACACACCCCAAUUUACCAAGGGCGCCGGAUCGGAGGAGGGCUUCAAGAGGGCACUCGCCUGUGCAGCGGGAAUGGCCGUAGUUGCUUGUCAAAUACUUGUUGAUGAUAAAUUUGCCGAGGAUGUGAAGAGAAACUUUGAGGAGAAUUGA